AUGCAGCCGGCGCCGACCGCCCGGACCGCCGGCUGGCUCCACCGCCCGCUCCCGAGAGAGCGGCCGCACCUGACCCGCUGCACCAAGAUCCUCUGCUCGGCGUUCCUCACCCUGCUCCUCGUCGCCGGCGUGCUCCUCUUCGUCGCCUACCUCGCCGUGCGCCCGCACCGGCCGCGCUUCCACGUCACCGCCUUCUCCGCCGCCAGCGUCCAGCAGGCCGGCGCCGGCGCGGUCCUCCUCUCCGGGCAGCUCUCCAUCCGCAACCCGAACCGGGACGUGGCCUUCUUCUACGACCGGCUCUACAUGUCCGUGCUCUACCGCCAGUACGGCGCCGUCGUCAAGGACCACGACCUGGCCGGCGGGGCGCCCAUGUACCAGCCGCCCAAGACCACGACGCCCCUCGCGUUCGAGGGCGUCGCCGUGCCGGCGGGCCCCGCCACGGCCGACAUGGCCAGGGCGGCCGCGGAGGCCGGAGGUGGCGCGGUGGAGUUCACGGUGAAGGUCCGGUCGAGGAUCCGGGCCAAGGUGGCCGUCUGGGGCUUCCACUGGCACCCGCUCCACGUGGACUGCGACGUGGCCGUGGGCCCCGACGGGCAGCUGCUGCCGGAGGCCCGGCAGAAGCGCUGCGACAUAGACUUCUUGUAG